AUGACGGAGGCGACUAUUCGGGGUGUGGCCGGAAUGAAGUCCGUGUUGGACAUGCCGGUGAUGCAGGACGGUCCACCACCGGGCGGUUACCCAUCCGUGCGUUACGCGCGACGCAUUCCAUCCACUGGUCCAUCGGGAUUUGCUUUAUUCGGCGCCUACUGUGCCGCAGCCGUGUACGGUUUUUAUCAAAUAGGACAAGGGAACAAACACCGACGAAAAGUGUUGGACGAGAAGCACAACGCGAGAGCGAUAUUAGUUCCGUUUUUACAAGCAGAGGAAGAUAGACGGUACGCGAAAGAUUGCAGAGAAAUCAGAGAAAGAGAGAAUAGGGUGAUGAAAAACGUGCGAGGUUGGAAUCCAGAGGCGAAGACGUACAAGACGACUUGGUUGUCGCCCGGCGCGGCGACCAGACCGGGCCUCAUUUGA